ACAACUCUUGCUAAAGCAUUUCAACAUACAACAGCAAUGGCAAUUCGAAAACCAUCCAGACUUCCUCAAACAGCAGUUCUGAAGCAGAUCCUGAAGAGAUGUUCAAGCCUAGGCAAGAAACACGGGUACGACGACGACAGUCUCCCACUCGACGUACCGAAAGGUCACUUUGUUGUUUAUGUAGGCGAAAACAGGAGCCGAUACAUCGUCCCGAUCUCGUUCCUGACGAUCCCCGAGUUCCAAUGCUUGCUUCAACGAGCCGAGGAAGAGUUCGGGUUCGACCAUGAUAUGGGACUCACUAUCCCUUGUGAAGAAGUAGUUUUUCGCUCUCUUACAUCUAUGCUUAGAUGAAGGAAGGGACUGCCAUUGCCUUGGAGAAAGAUGGUCAAAGAGAAGCAUAGCACCAUAGAUAUUUUAUAGCUAGUUUCUCUUUUUUUUAGCAUCAUUCUUCAAUGUGCAUCUUGAUCUUGGACCCCAUCAAUUUGGAUUUUGCGUUUGAUUAAUUAGUCAUUAGUGACUCUAACUUAAACCUUGGAAUUAUGAACAUUUUCUGGGUUGAAUAUUUGUAAAAAGCUAUGUUUUUCCUCACAGAUUGUGCAACUGUGAGAGAAAAGUUGAAUGUUAUAAGGGAAAGCCUUAUUUAAGCUCCGUCUCUCUCU